AAAACGGUUUUUUCAACACUGAACAAUAAACUUCUAUUAACUGGAACUCCUUUGCAAAACAACUUAGCUGAGCUUUGGUCUCUGCUUAAUUUCCUGGCUUCCUGAUGUGUUUGAUGACCUGGAAAAGCUUUGAAUCGUGGUUUGAUAUUACCAGUAUUUCUGAAAUUGCUGAAGAUAUUAUUGCAAAGGAAAGAGAGCAGAACAUCUUGCACAUGCUGCACCAGAUUUUGACCCCCUUCUUGUUAAGAAGACUGAAGUCGGAUGUAGCUUUAGAAGUUCCUCCCAAGCGUGAAGUUGUGGUCUAUGCACCUCUUGUAAAGAAACAAGAAACUUUCUACACUGCCAUUGUAAACAAGACUAUUCGAAAACUCCUAGGAAGCAACCAGGAAGAAGCUGUUGAGCUCAGCUGCACAGGACGACCCAAACGCCGGAGUCGGAAAGUGGUUAGUUAUUGUGAGCUUAAUGAAGAUCAUUUUCCUGAUGAACUGGAACAACUGAUCAAUAAAAUGCAAGAGGAAUUUGAAAAAGAGAGGCCGGUGAUAGAAAUGAAUAUGCCUUUGGAUUCAGAAGUCAACAUAAAGUUGCAGAACAUUAUGAUGCUACUGAGGAAAUGUUGUAACCACCCAUACCUUAUUGAAUAUCCUCUGGACUCUGGAACACAGCAGUUUAAGGUUGAUGAAGAUCUAGUGAAAAGUUCAGGCAAAUUUCUACUCUUGGAUCGCAUGCUGCCAGAGCUAAAAAAGCGAGGACACAAGGUGCUGCUGUUCUCACAAAUGACACAGAUGUUGGAUAUUUUGAUGGACUAUUGCUAUCUGAGGAAUUACCAGUUCAGUCGCCUGGAUGGAAGUAUGUCCUAUGCAGAGAGGGAAAAGAAUAUGAAUAACUUUAACACAGAUCCAGAAGUUUUUAUCUUUCUGGUGAGCACACGGGCUGGAGGUCUUGGCAUUAAUCUGACAGCAGCAGAUACAGUAAUCAUUUAUGAUAGUGACUGGAACCCACAGUCUGACCUUCAAGCUCAAGACCGAUGUCAUAGAAUUGGUCAGACAAAGCCAGUGGUUGUGUAUCGCUUUGUAACUGCAAAUACUAUUGAUCAGAUUGUGGAGAGAGCUGCUGCCAAAAGAAAGUAAAAGCUGAUUAUCCACAAAAAUCAGUUUAAAGGUGGAAAAUAUGGAGAAAACCAGGCAAAGAGUUGUUUAGACCCUAAGGAAUUAAUGGAGUUGCUACAAUCCCGCGACUAUGACAGAGAGAUAAUGGGAUCAAGAGAAAAAGUAAUAUCUGACAAAGAUUUAGAGUUACUGUUAGACAGAACUGACCUUAUCAACCAAAUGAAAAGCUCUGAGAGACUUAAAGAAAAAAUGGGAACGUUCAUCGUAUUAGACAAUACUGAAGAUGGCAGUACGGAAGAUGUGCUUUAAGAUACAGCCAGUUUUCACUCUUGUGCCUCUCUAAAUCUUUAUGUCAACCCUGUCUUAGGAGUUACUUUUCCACAGACUUGAGAAUAUAAGAUUACUAAAUUUCCACAUGGAAAAAAAGAGGGCCUUUGGAUCCACAUAUUGAUAAAUGAUACUUUUUAGAUCAAUGUUUAAACUUCAAUAGCUCAUAGCUUGUACAGUUCUCUGUAGAGAGUCUAACAAAUAACUUGAAAACAAUUCUUCAUCUUCAUUACAGUUUUAUAUAGACAAAUAGGAAUGCCCAGCAUACUUAUUGACAAAUCUAAAUUGUGUUACUUGAGUCUUUGUCGACCUUAUUAAAUAAAUUCUGUUUUUAUUAGA